AUCAGUGUGCGAGCGGGCGCGCGCGCGCGAGAGGGAGAGAGAGAUCGAUGGACGGCGACGUCGACAUGGCGGCGGGAGAAGGCGGAGCUGCCGUUGGGCUAGACGAGAUGAAGAAGAGGCUGAAGGAUAUGGAGGAUGAAGCUUCCACUCUCCGGGAAAUGCAGGCGAAAGUCGAUCAGGAGAUUGGCGCCGUUCAAGAUCCUGCCGCUGCAGCAGCUGAUCAGACAAAUAAGGAAGAAGUGGAUGCUAGAUCAAUCUUUGUGGGCAAUGUGGAUUAUUCAUGUACACCGGAGGAAGUACAGCAGCAUUUUCAGGCUUGCGGGACAGUGAAUAGAGUAACUAUUAGGACUAAUAAGUACGGACAACCAAAGGGAUAUGCAUAUGUUGAGUUUCUUGAACCAGAAGCUGUUGACCAGGCUAUUCUUCUGAAUGAAUCUGAACUUCACGGUCGCCAAUUGAAGAUAUCUGCCAAGAGGACCAAUGUUCCUGGUAUGAAGAUAUUCCGUCCUAGGCGUUCCAAUCCCUAUAUGGGCUCUCGAUCUAGGACACCGUUUAUGCCUGUUCCUUUGGUAUAUUCUCCUUAUGGAUAUGGGAAGGUUCCGAGGUUUAGAGUGCCCAUGCGAUACAGCCCUUACUUCGGAUGAGCCUUGUGUUUAAACGCUUUUCGUCAUCUGUUUUAUGGUGUGAUUGGCAGUGAUAUUUUUAAGGAAAUGGAGCUUUUAGCGACUGUUAUUGUAGUUAUUUAUUGUGAUGAUUGCCCCUUCAUUUUCUCUUUUUUCUGUGAAACGGCGGUUGGUUUUUUAAUUUGCUAUGAGAUUUAUCCUCUCUUCCAUGUUUCUAUGCAUGCUACUCGAUUCGAGAUUGUUUGUGAAAAGCUCGUUUUUG